GUGUAAUGGAACCUUAUCCGCCCUGUCCUUCGAUGUACGAUGGUCCGGAAGUGAAGUUCGAGACAUGGGAACCGACAACAACAAGUGCGUCGUCGGUUCCUCAGGUUGGCCAUAACAUUGAUGGGCCAACUUUAUCUUCAUCGUCAAAACGGAAAAAAAAUUCUGAGCAGUUGGAAGAUUUGGCUAAGGGAAAACGGCCUCGUACUGCCUACACGUCCUCACAACUCGUCGAACUCGAAAAGGAAUUUCGUUUUAGCCGGUAUCUUUGUCGACCGCGACGCAUUGAGCUGGCCGCCUUUUUAAAGCUUUCCGAGCGUCAGAUUAAAAUAUGGUUCCAGAAUAGGCGCAUGAAGUAUAAAAAAGAACUCCGUGCCAAAGGAAUUACAGAACCUCCAAGCCCAAUGCACGUUUCACCUCCCUUGUCGCCGUCGGACGAACGGAGACAUCGAUGUACCCACAAGCAUAUGCGACCGCUUUCCCCGCCUUCUUCUGCGGACCCACCAACCCUAUCGCACAACUCGGCGACGUUGUCCUCGCAAUCGCCUGUUGGCAACGUUUCCUCAGGACAAACAUCGAAUAACAAUUCACAAUCGAUUCCUGUGUCUGCUGACUGCGGGCCUAUCCACCCACAGCUGACCCAACAUCUUCCUCCAUCACCAUCACCGAGCUCAGCGACGUCCUUGCCCAACACUGUCUGGUACAAGAGUUCUCCAGAACAAUGUCUUCAAUAUUCAUACCCUGAAAUGGCGUUUGGGAUGACAGUCAGAGCUCCUUCCCCAGAUAGCAUUCUGAGACAACACCGCCAAGAUAAGGAAGUGCGAGAUCGUGCGGUGCCUUGCCAGCGGGCGUUCCACGAGCGCGACGAACUCGUGUAUACCAGUGCUGGAAAUAUGGUUGAUCCAUUAGCUGGGGUACCGAUAUUUGAUUUUGUGGACACCCCCGCCUCUGGAACCCCAUCUGCUUCACUUGCCGUUGUCGGGUCAGGUCAGGCGCCCUGGUGUGCACAUGCCCAACCAUUUAUGGCACGCUACCCAGGAUUAUACGACACACCGUCUGGACCGCAUUGGGACCAACAACAGCAAAAUAACCUGUUGAAUUAACAAAUUGCAUCUAAUUUAAUUGUAUUUAACAGACACAGGGUAAACGCGGUUGUGAUUACUGUGUCCUUAUUUAUGCUAUAUAAUA